AUGGUUCCUCACUCGGAAGACCCCGAGGAGAUGGGGGAGACCUCGGAGGCUUCUCAGCAACCGAGCAACCGGCUGCAGCAGGAGCAAAGGAAGGAGUUGGCCUCUCUCGAGCAGCAGGCUGCCCCCGAUACCGAAAUGGACGAAAAGAGGCAAGCCGCUCUGAUGAAUUCUCUUGAGCAAGGAGAAACAGGAGCGGCGGCUCUAGGGGGAACGGCGCAGUGCGCCGUCUCCGCGAAGGCCGUUCAACAGCUGAAGGAUUUGUUGCUGCUACCAGUAGCAGAGGUUGAAGCUGCGCUGCAGCAAGCCGAGGGCAACCACCUGAAGGCUACACAGCUUCUUUUGGAGCAGGAGCUUUAG